GAAAACCCUAGCUGCUAAAUCCUCUCUAUAUAAAAACCCUUUAAGAUCAUUUCUGGUUCAAAACCCUAGAUCUGAUACUAAAAUGGCGACGGCGUUGAAGAAGAACAGAAAGAAGAGAGGUCACGUCAGCGCCGGACAUGGACGUAUCGGUAAGCACCGUAAGCAUCCCGGAGGUCGUGGAAACGCAGGAGGUAUGCAUCACCACAGGAUCCUCUUCGACAAGUACCAUCCAGGUUACUUCGGGAAAGUUGGUAUGAGGUAUUUCCACAAGCUUCGUAACAAGUUCUUUUGCCCAAUCGUGAACCUGGACAAGCUAUGGUCACUUGUUCCUGAAGACGUGAAGGCGAAAUCGAGCAAGGAUAAUGUUCCGUUGAUCGAUGUGACGCAGCAUGGUUUCUUCAAGGUUUUGGGGAAAGGUCAUUUGCCUGAGAACAAACCUUUCGUUGUGAAGGCUAAGCUUAUCUCUAAGACUGCUGAGAAGAAGAUUAAGGAAGCUGGUGGUGCUGUUGUUCUCACUGCUUAGUUUUUUUUUUCAAUUCAGUCUCUUUUUAAUUUAUUUCAUGUUAUUGAACUCAGCUUUGUUGGAUUUUGGAAUCAGAGAUCUUUUAAUCUAUGGUAUUGGAUUAUAUAAUUUGCUUCGUAUUAUUUGGAAAUUUUGGGAUUAUUUGUGUGAUCUGAUUCAUCUCUGCAUUUGCAAUGUUGUCAUGUUCUUCAAGAUCAUUGCGUGUUAUGUUCACUGGUUUCAAAGAUUAUGUCUGGGUAAACCUCAAACUCAAUGUCACAAUAGUGUUUAGAUUCUUACAACAAAGUCUUAG